CAAACUGUGAAAACACCGAAAAUCACAGCAGCUUUUCCACAAUGUUGCUCCAUCAAAGGAUGAAACUUUGGUUCAGGUUUUGACGAAUGUAAUGGAAAGCGAAAGACAAAGUACAGAGAGAGAGACGCCGCCUCAGCACUGGAGAAGUUGCAAGCUGAUAAUUGACCCUGCAUUGACAAAAGGACUGUAUAAAGUGUACCGUUAUGAUGGACAACAGUUUAACAUACCCGUGGAGGACUUAGGUCUGUUUCCUGUGGAGACAGUCAGAGAUCCCCGCAUCUGCCGCCUGUGGAGCAAAUGCAACAAGACUGACCUUUUGAUAUCUAAAUUUAAGGUUGAUGAAUGGUAUGUGGGCCCUGUUCCUCCCAAAGAAGUGACCUUUUCCAGGUUGAAUGACAAUGUGAGGGAGGCCUUCUUGACUCACAUGUGCAGUAAAUAUGGCAACCUUGAAGAAGUGGAAAUAUUUUACAACCCCAAGAACAAGAAGCAUUUAGGGAUUGCGAAGGCCGUCUUUGACACAGUGAGGGCUGCAAAAGACGCUGUUCAGUACCUUCAUCAGACGUCAGUGAUGGGAAAUGUUAUUCAUGUGGAAAUUGAUCCUAAAGGUGAAAACAGAGCACGAUAUCUCCAGCUUCUCUUACGUGGCCUUUAUACUCCUUGGACGCUGCCAGUGGGUGGCAGUGAGCGAGCUAUUCAAAGCUCAGUUGACACUUUGCUGGUAAAUACUCUUAUGCAGCGACAGGGGAGUUUUUCGAGCCCCACCAGCAUCGCCACACCCCUCUCUCUGGACACAGCCUAUUCCAGUAUUUGGCAGGAUACACCUUGCAGCUUUGGGCUCACACCACGUUCUCAGGGAACCCCCCGCACUCCUUGCUUGUCUGCGACUCCUCUCUCCCAGGACUCUUGCUACUCCAGUCUUCAGGCAACUCCAGUCCUCCAGGGGGAGCCCUCCACCUACAGUGUUCACAAGCCUUUAAGACAAGAGCUCUGUCAUCGUAGGCCUGCGAGGUAUCACAGAGGAUCCAGUGAAAUCUCAGAUGCCACUUUAAUUUUGAAGCAUUGCCAACCACAGCCACCACACCCCCUCCCUGCCCAAAUACAAAGUGGCAGCCCGCGGUUUGCACUGUGGGGUCGCAGCGCACAAUCCUCAUCUCCCAGUAAUACAGAACCUUCCUAUAACCUUGCCUCCCCCUGUCAGGAGUCUAGAGACAUGGUCACUGAUACCUCUAAGACUUUACAAAGGAACUGCAACUCUUUCAGCAUCCUGAGCAUUAAUUUCACAGCUGACCGGCAGGCUGCAGCAUCCCCCCCUCCUGAUGACCAUCCAUGCAUAACAGAGUUAUCUCCAUCUGCUGGUAACUGUUCCUCUAGCAGCCCUCAGCCAGAGGUAGAGAGUUUGGAUUCCCGCAUAGAGAGUUUGCUGACAAACAGCCAGAUUACUGACCCCUCAUACUUUGACAGAAAGACUUUGGUGGCUGAUGAGCACUCUCAGGACAGCCCAACUUCGCCUUGCCCCACUCAUACUUCCACUUUCUCAAAUGACUCGCUUGUUUGCACAAAGACUUCUUAUGACUUCACCACCAGCCGCCAGCGCUCCUACAGUGAUCUGGUGACUAUCAAUUCAACAUCACUGGUUGAAACCGAAGAGGAUGAAACUACUCAGGCUGUUUUGUUUCUGACAAGAAACGCCCAGUCUCCAUCUGACUUCACACAUUAGUUGUUACAUUUUUUAUGUCUUAUUCAGGAGUAUCAUACAGCAAAUGAAGAUAAGGAGCACUCAAAUAACAGACUGCCUAGAGCUCUGACACCCGCAAAACAGAUUGCCCCCCUUCUCCUGCCUCCAUCCUUUUCUUCUCUCAACAGCACCACUCAACUCCCUACCCCCAAAACUCCUCCUGCUAUUAAAUCUGGGUGCUCCCACCCACCAGUCACCCCUUUCCCUUUCCCCCCUCCUCCCUUUCCCCCAGCUAUUCCACCUGUCCCACCUCGCCUGCCAAAUGGCACCAUCCCCAUCCCACCUCCAGGCUGGAUCCCACCUUCAGGCCACCAUACCAGCAUCCCCAUUCCUCCUCCCCCUGUUCUACGUCCUCCUUCGAUUCCUCCCCCACCAACUUUUCUUGGACCCCCUCCACCGUUGGUGCCACCUUCUGUUCCACCCCCUGUGCACACAUACCCCUUGCCCAUGCAGCCGCCAGGUCCUUUGGAUAAGGGGAAUCCUCCAAGGCAUGGCCUUGCACCUUUACUAUUCCCUCGACCACCCUGGCCCACCCCACCUUUUCCCAGGUUUAACCCCUUUGUACCACCACCAGACUACCCGCUUGUGCAGGAAAACCCUCAUAAGGUCACAGUAGAAAAAGUUCUAGAAGUCAUCAUGGAAGAACUGAAGUCAAUCAUUAAGAAGGACAUUAUGCGUAGAAUGAUUGAAGGGGUCGCUUUCAAGGCAUUUGAGGACUGGUGGGACAGUCAAGAGAAGAAAACAAAGAUACAAGUUUCUCCUUUGAAAAGUGGAGCAGCAAGUGUUGAAGAGAGGAACAAACUAAUAAAUCCCCUCAUGCAUGUCAGCAGCAAGGGCAGGAAACCUCCACUGCCAUCCUUCAAGGUAAAAAAGAAAAGAGCUGAUGAUGCUGCUACAUCAGAAGAGACAGAAAAUAUGUUGUGUUCUACUCAUGAAAGCUCUGAUGCGAAACAGAAGGAUGACACAGUGAGACUUGAGAGAGCCAAACGCAGACAUGCAAGACCACAUGAGCUUGACAGUGAUGAUGAUGAAGGGAAAGAAGAAGAUAACACACUUCAAGAUGAAGAAACAACUUCAGACAAAGUGGAGACUAUUGUAUCAGCUGAUGAUGAUAUUCAAAUUCUGUGUGACAGAGAUGAUCAUGAUGAUGGUGAUGACAGUGAUCAUCCUGAGGAAGAAAAGGAGUUGGCAAAAGAACACACAGAUGAUGAAGAUGCUGACAUCGUCCAAAGUAGUGAUGGAGUGCAGUGCUUAGAUAGCGAGACUUUUUCAGAGAGCAGCUCCUCAGAGGAAGGUGAGUACUCAUCAGACUUCGACACCUCAGACUCGAUUUCCUCAGAGAGCUUUGAGGACUCGUCCUACUCUGACCUCAGUCCUGAAGAUGAAGACAUGGAGGAAGACGGUGACGGGAGUGGUGAGUGUAUAAUCGUAUCGUCAGAUGAGGAGUCGAUGGAGCUGGAGCCCCCUGUCACCCCCUCAGCCCCGCUAACCCCUGGUGCUCAGCUGGAGCUGGGCUUGCAGGACUGGGCAGAUCCAUUUCAUAGGGAGGGAACUGCUGAGAACCAGUACGCAUCCUGUCGACAAGAUGCCUGUUGUGACUUGGAUGUUAUGACGGAGCUCCAAACCAGUGAACCCCAGGACCAUCUACGACCCCCGUCACCCAUAGGACUUCCAGGAGUGGAGCCACACCUUGAUGUAGAGACGGAGAGCCCUGAAUGGACAGAAGAGUCAUCAGGGAACAUAGAAAACCUGAGGCCCCUCACUCCUACUGGCUGCUUGCUGGACAGCGACCCUGACCUUCUGAUAAGAAGCAAGCCCACAUCCCCAGCUGUGGAGGAGGUGGAAAGACCACAGACACCAGGCAAGGGGAUAGUAGCUGAACUGGAGAGUGUGGACUCUGCAGAUGAAGUCCUCUCCCUCUCUCCAACAGGCACUGAGCUCGUUCUAGCUCCUUCUGAUCCCCUGACCUCGUACCCAUCAUACCAGGAUAUGCCCAAAACUCCUGGUAGAGAGGAUAGAUGUGGAUGGACCUCCUACAUCUCUGGGAGAGCUCCAGCAACACCAGGCAGAGAGACAACCAUGUCAGAGGGUAGCACAAUGAUGUGCCAGACUGUCAGCAGCCCACCUCCUGUGCCAUCCCUGUCUAGCAAUCCAUAUAUCACAGCCCCAAAGACUCCUGGGAGAGACAUCAUCCUACCCCGUAGAGCCAUAGUCCACAGGAGAAAAACACAAAUGGUGACGACCUUACAUCCCCUCUUAUAUGAUUCUCUAGAAGGCUCCCCCAUCUCAGUGUCCUCUGCAUGCAGCCUCUCAGAGUAUUCAUCUGACUCUGAUCAUGGGAAGGGCAUGUGGAUCAGUUCAGGUGGGAGAUUGAGGCCCUUGCAGGGGCUGGAGAAUGUACCUGGGCUUCUGGAUGAUGAGAACAGGACAGAGACAGAGACAUCCUUAUUAAGGAGACUACAUUGGAGGAGGUUAAAGAGGAGGAGGAACCAUCAUCAGCGGAGAUCACUGAAAAGAAUCACUCACUCCGCUCACAGGCAUCCUUACAGGUGGCGUACACCCUGUGAGGAGAAGAGGAUACUUAAUAGUGUUUGGAAGAAGGGCCUGGAUGAAGAAGAUAUGAGGCUGCUGCGGUGUACAUAUGAAAGGCUGCAAGCACGGGAUAAUGGCUUUGGUUGGAUCAGUGACACCCUGUGGAUACCUCACCCUCUGACCAAAGUCCUUACAGAGGGGAGUGAGGAGCUCAGAUCCUGGCUGCCAAAGCACAGGACCGGCUCUGCUCGCAGUGAAGGAUUCUACAAAAUCAGCAGGAAAGAUAAAAUGAAAUACCUCAACAACACAAAGCUGACUGCUGAGCUUCCAUCUACAAGUACUCAGGGAAUGUGCAUCCCAGCCCAACAACCAACCUCACUGCGUGCCGGAUCUGACUUCAGGUCUGAGCAGCGUCGGCUGCUGUCCUCUUUCAGCUGUGAUAGUGACCUGGUCAAGUUCAACCAGCUGAAGUUCCGAAAGAAGAGGAUUCGUUUUAGCCGGAGUCAUAUUCAUGAGUGGGGCCUGUUUGCGAUGGAGCCAAUCGCAGCAGACGAGAUGGUGAUUGAGUAUGUGGGCCAAAUCAUCAGACAGGUCAUUGCUGACAUGAGGGAGCAGAGAUACGAGGAGGAGGGCAUUGGGAGCAGCUAUUUAUUCCGGGUUGAUCAGGACACCAUCAUUGAUGCUACGAAAUGUGGGAACUUAGCCAGAUUUAUUAACCACAGCUGCAAUCCUAACUGUUAUGCAAAGAUCAUCACUGUGGAGUCUCAGAAGAAGAUAGUGAUAUACUCCCGGCAGCCCAUAAGCAUCAAUGAAGAGAUUACAUACGACUACAAGUUUCCGAUUGAGGAGACCAAGAUUCCUUGUUUGUGUGGAGCAGAUAGCUGCCGGGGCUCCUUGAACUAG